AUGAGGGCUGUAGUGCUGGCAGCAUGCGGCAUACUCCUGCUACUACGCGUAGUCAGUUCCUUCGUCAAGAAGUAUCGACAAUCCAUCAAGGCCAAAGAACUAGGAUGCGAACCACCAUCAGUAGAGCCAACAUCAUGGCCACUCGGCAUCGACAUCGUCAGAAAUAUGAUGAAAGCCGACAAAGAACAACGAACGCCCGAUCUCAUCGUUGAGCGUUUCAACAGAAUGAAGAGGUAUACGUUCUUGGUCAAAGUUCUCGGGCAGUCGAAUAUUAUCACUGCGGACCCGGACAACAUCAAAGCAAUCUUGGCUACGCAGUUCAAUGACUUUCGUAUGGGACGAGCACGAGAGGAGAAUUUGAAACUGGUGCUUGGUCGCAGUAUUUUUACUGUAGAUGGCCCUGCAUGGCACAGCUCAAGGGAAAUGGUCCGACCGAUCUUCUCUCGAGAGAAUGUUUCCGACCUGGCCUUGCUGGAAAAACAUCUUCAAGUCAUGUUCAAGUGCAUACCAGUUGGCAAUGAUGGUUGGACCCAGCCAGUCAGCCUUGCAACACUCUUUCCAUGCCUGACGAUCGAUUCUGCCACAGAGCUGUUCCUGGGCAAGAGCACAAAUUCUCUGCAAGUUCGAUUAGAAGGUCGUGAUGGUGGGAAGGAUUUCCACUGGGCUUUCGAACGUGUGCAACAGAUUCUUGGCACGCGUAUCAGACUCCAGUCGCUGUGCUGGUUGUAUGGGAACAAGGACAUCAAAGAAAUUACCAAGAUUUUGAAUGACUUCUGCGACGAGGCGAUUUGUGAGGGAGACCGCAAAGAUCGAUCUGGAGAGAAAAGCUACUAUUAUCUGGAUGUCUUGCGAUCCAGAGCGGCCGAUGCAUCUGAGGUCCGAGAACAAGUUCUUGGCCUUCUCGCCGCAGGUCGAGAUACUACGGCAUCUUUCCUCAGCUGGGUCUUCUACUGUCUGAUUCGAAAUGAACGAGUUUUUCUGAAGCUUCGCGGGAUCGUACUGGAGACUUUCGGACCAGACGGGUUCGAUGAAAGCAACAUCACGUUCGAGGGACUCAAAGGUUGCACGUAUUUGCAACACGUCAUGAACGAAACCCUCAGACUGCACUCGAUUGUGCCUUUUAACGGCAGAACCGCAGUCCGUGACACAACCCUUCCAACCGGCGGCGGAGCAGACGGUACCGCACCAAUUUUCAUCCCUGCUGGUGGCGAAGUACGAUUCAGUACUCAUGUCCUCCACCGCAGACAUGAUCUGUGGGGUCCAGAUGCUGACGACUUCGUCCCCGAGAGAUGGGAAAAGAAGAGGCCCGGAUGGAGCUAUGCACCCUUCAAUGGCGGACCACGCAUAUGUAUUGGCAUGCAAUUCGCUUUGACGGAGGCUGGACAUGUCAUUGUGAGGAUGUUGCAGAAGUUUGAUAAGAUUGAAGGGUUGGAUGUUGAUCCUACGAGAGACUAUCAUAACUUUACGUUGGUUUGUAGUCCUGGGCCUGGGCAUGAGGGGGUGAGGUGUAGGUUGAGGGCUGCGAAUCGAUAG